GCUCAUUUACAUCCUCUCUCUCUCUCUCUCACUCUCUCUCUCUCUCUCUCUCGUCUAAACGUUGAAGUUGAACAUUUCUUCUGAAGUUAGUUUUUUAUUAUAAAUAUUAUAUAGUUUUUAUUUUUAUAAGUGUAUGAUGGAGAACAAGAAAGUAAAAGCAGAGGAGGAGGAACUAGAGAGAGCGGGUAGCUGUUGACAAUGGGGAGGUGGUGCCAGCGCAAUGGGUGAAAGAUGGAAAGAUUGAGAUGUCCAUCAGAUAUAUGGGCUGCAAACUGAUAAAGGAGAAAGAGCUAUACAGAGCUAACUUGAUUCAGAGAGUACAGGCAAGUCAAUUGUGUGGGUACCAGUCGUAAUAAUGGAUUACUCGUGUACGUUGAAGACACGCAGCCCACCUGCAGGUGCACCACAAGAUCAUCAAGAUAUGAUUGCACAUGCCCCUGAUCAAGAUGCCUGCUCUUCCCAAGGAGUUGGAAUUGGAGUACAAAUCUAUAAGGAAGGUUUAAAGGCAUCACCCAACCACGUGAUUAAUUCAGGCACUACCGAAGAGGAGGAUGAACUCCAAAUAGCGAAAGCGGAAAUGGGUGAGGUGACAAAAGAAAACGAAAGGCUAAAGACGAUGUUACAACAGAUCGAAAAAGAUUACCGGUCUCUCCAAACACGUUUUUUUGAUGUCCUUAAACAAGAAUCAAAGAAACGUACCAACUCGGCAAUAGCCCAUGUAGAAAUCGACGAGGAUGAGCCUGAACUUGUAUCUCUCAGACUCGGAAGAAGUCCGAGUCAUGACGAGCCUAAAAAGGAUAAUGACAACAGCAUGAGCAACAACUCUCCCAAAACUACAAGCAGAGAUAAUGAACAACAGGAGUGCUUGAAGGAAGGCCUUGGAGGUCUUGGACUAGACUUAAAAUUUGAUGUAUCUACUAAGAAGGCAGAUUUGGAGCCAAGCCAGAACAGCUCAGAAGGAACGAAGGACAUGGAGGAAGCAGGAGAAACAUGGCCACCCAGUAAAAUUCCAAAGACAAUGAGAUCAAAUGGAGAUGAUAAUGGUGAUGUUUCAGAACAAUCCCAAGUGAAGAGAGCUAGGGUUUCUGUGAGAGCCAGAUGUGAUACACCAACGAUGAAUGAUGGAUGCCAAUGGAGGAAAUAUGGACAGAAAAUUGCAAAAGGGAAUCCAUGCCCACGAGCAUAUUAUCGCUGCACGGUUGCACCAGCGUGCCCCGUAAGAAAACAGGUGCAAAGAUGUGCUGAGGACAUGUCCAUACUGAUCACCACCUACGAGGGAACACACAACCACCCACUGCCAGUUGCAGCCACAGCCAUGGCUUCCACCACCUCUGCCGCCGUUUCCAUGCUAAACGCUGGCUCUUCCUCCUCCCCCAACACUACACCUCCUCCCACUGAUCACCUCCAUGGCCUGCAAUUCAAUAAUACAGUACCCUUCACUAAUGAUCACAUAAACUCUAGACCAAGACAUCUCUACUCCCUCAGUCACUCCUCAUCCCCUGCCUUCCCAACAAUUACUCUAGACCUAACCGCGCCGCCGCACCGGUUACCGCCUUCCUUCCCUUUCGCCCCAAGACUCCCUUCUACGAGCCUCAGCUUCUCUUCCUCCGAAACCAACCUUCUUCCCACAGUUUGGGGCAACGGGUACCUCGGCCAUACCUCGGUACUGCCUUACAACAAAACCCACACUAUCAAUGGGCAUUUGAAUCCCGGAAAACAAUCCCAUGAGCAUGUAUAUCAAUCUUCUUUUUCUUCUUCUUCUUCUUCUUCUUCUUCUUCCCAGCAGUCCUUAACAGAUACCUUGACAAAGGCAAUUGCGUCGGAUCCCAGUUUCCAGUCAGUAAUAGCUGCGGCAAUUGCGUCAAUGGUGGGCGGUGGAGGUGAGACUCGUGGGCAGAACGGGAACGGCUGCGCAUCCAGCUACUUAAACAGAUCGUCGUCUUCAAAUUCGCAGACGGGGAGCUUGAUGCAUGUCCAGCCUUCAUUUCCGUUUGCCAUCUCCAAGAACACUUCUGGAUCAGCUGGUUCUGAUAAUAGAGACCAGACCAAUUAAUUGCUAGCUUUGAGUAUUUUGACAGUGUUUUAAAUCAAUCAAAUGCUUUUGGAUUUUGUUUACUCAUUUGUGGUGGAGAUCUCACGGAACUGUUUUAUACUUCUUUUUUUCUUCAUUUUUUUUAUCAAAGUUUAUGUAAGUACACAUAUAGAGUUAAUGUAUGGAACUCAUUAAUUCUCAAUAUGAGAGUUGAGAGCACCGUUUUUGGGGGAAAUCCCGUUUC